AUGGACAUAGGUAGGCCUUUAAAGCUUUGCAAUAUAAAUAGUCCAACUGAUGUAGAAAUCACAACAGAAGCCAUCCAAUUCCUCCAAUCUCUCAUCAACCCUGUAUCUGUAGUUGCAAGAUUAAAGUUAAUCAGAAUUUUAAGAUGAUAUACUCUUUUCCGCAGGUAUAAUAUCAGAAUCUCCUUUUAAAAUCCAAGUAAUGACUCUAACAGAAUCGUCAGCAAGCAUUCCUAAAGACCCACCAAAAGGCCAGAAAGCCUUCACCAAUCGUGUUGGCCUCGCUCCAGACUUAACUCGUGCGUGUUGUUCCGCCUAAAGGUCGCCCUCAUCGGGCUAUUAAAGCGGUAAACUUCUAUACGUACUAAAAUCCUGGGCCUAGCGACUUACUCUAUGAUAUAAGAGACAUAUUUGGCAUUGUGGAUAAUGGUUCACGAGAUAAGCCGAACUCAAUAAUAAUAAUAAUAAAAUUCGUAGAGGAGGAAAGGUUUACAGAGCAAAUCAUUUCCGUAUAUAGCCAUUUAUUAUUGUGUAUCUGCAGUUUCAGUCAUUGGAUCUCCAUGUAUGGGAAAAUCCUACUUAGCUAAUCGGAUUCUGAAUAAAGAUGAAGGCUUCCAAGUAGGAAAUCCUCUUACUACGACAACCAAAGGUAUCUGGGUUUGGUCUCAGCCUAUAAAAAUUACUCGAACAAAUGAGCAUGGGAUAGAAACGGAAAUCGAUCUUUUAGUAAUUGAUUCUGAAGCCUUUUCAGAUCGCGAUGACGGAAACCAAAAACUAGGCCAAGAGAUAUUUGCAUUAGCUUCACUAAUUUCAUCAAAAAUUGUGAUGAUUUCUAAUAAGCCUAUUAGCGAAAGUAUAAAUGAUCUUGAUGUCAUUUUACAUCUUGAUGAAGCUAUUCAAAUAAGGUAGCUUUUACAUAGAAAAAAUGAAGAAACCAAGCAAGACAUUACCCCUUAUCUGCCUUCACUUUCGUGGAUGAUUGCAGGAUCUCAGCUUAAAAUUGAAGAUGAGCCAGCUCAGUAAUGAAUAUUUAGCUUAUAUUUAGAAAGAGAACUUGGAAAGCAAACAAACGAAAAAGAAGAUGCAAUCAGAUCAAAGAUAUUAAAAUACUUUAAAAAUAGAGACUGCUUUAUUUUGCCUCAAGCCUUGGAAAAUCAAGACAAUAUCUCUGAUUUUCAAUUUUCUCAGCUAAACCCUGAAUUUCAGACCCAAAUGAAUAGUUUUACAGAUUAUAUCAAAAAUUCAACAGAAAUCAAAAAGAUUGCUGGUAAAAUCAUCAAUGGGCCAAUUCUAUGUAAUAUGGUCCAAGCUUAUGCUCAUAGAUUUCAGAAAGGUGCCCCUGCUAUCAUUAUUGGAGCAUUUGAAAGGGCAGUUGCUGCUGAAUCUCGAAGAAUUAAAGAAAAGCUGUUUAUCCGCUAUAUCAAUAAAAUGAGUUUGAUAGAAAGUGAGCUUCCAUGUGAUGAAGAGCACUUGUGGAAGGAGCAUCAGACGACUCAAAAAGAGUUGAUAAAAGAAUUCGAUCUGUUAAUGCUAACUCCUCCCCUCUGUGAGCGAACAAAACCAUCGGAAAAAUCCCUAUUUUUUGUGUAAAAGCCCACCCUAAGAAAUAAAUAUAAAAUUUUUUAAGAAAAAUUAUGUGAUAUAUAAUUAAUAAUUAUUACAAUGAAAUCUCUAGCUAAUUUCUGUUUAAUUUUAAACAGCUUGUAUUUUAAAACAUAAAUUUACAAAUUAAAUUAAUAUUUGCUUUUUAAAAUAAUUUCGAAUAUGGAUUUUUUUAAUUUUGUAAAACAAAAUUAACCUCCCUCUGUAAGCGACAAAUUGUUUUGUUCGAUCAGGAGGGGGAGUAAGUGUUUUUGAGCAAGAAGAAGUCCAAGAAGAAAGAGGAAGCUUGAUUGAUAGAACUGAUGGCUAUUAUGAGGACUUAAAAUCUUCUAAUUUGAAAGCAAGUGAAAAUCGGUGCAGAGACUUAUUUAAAGCUCUUUUUGAUCCUGUAAGGCAAGAGGGAUUAAAAUAUCUAGAUGAUGGAAGUGCAAAUAUAGGAGAACUAGAGCAAAAGUUUUUAAAUGCAAUUCAAAAAUACCAAAAUCAGGCCACCGGGCCAAUGAUGGAGUCUAUUUUUGUGGAAGAAAUCACAUUUUUAGUCCCAUUUAUGUGUAGCUUACUCAGAGAUAUAUAUAACCAUUCAGAAUUAAAUCAUGAGUCUUUAGAGAGGGAAAUAAAAACUAUCACUAGAAAUUUGCAUGAAAGCAAAGCUAAUGAAAAAAGACUUAAAGAUUUAAUGGAAGAAAAUAGCAAAAAUUAUGAAAAGCAGCUAGAUCAGCGCGAUAAACAAAUUUCUGAAAUUCAAGCAAGUGUAAACAACAGGAUUUAUAUUGCAGAAAACAAGCUAAAAGCUCAGGAAAGAGAAAAUAAAGGCUUAAAGUUAGAAUUAGAGCAAGCUCAAAAAGAGAGAGAAAUGAUGAUUGAAGCUGAAAGAGACAUUUUCCAAAAAAAGAAUGCAGAUUUGGAAAGCAAGUUAUCAAAAAUGCAAGCUGAUAAUAGUAAAUAUGAAAAAAUGCUAGAUGAGCUAAGAGAUGAACUUGAAAAGAUAGUAGCUGAAAAAAAUGAGCAAAUCAAUGAUCUUUCAAGAAGAAUUAAAUUAAUGGAAACCCAAGAAGUGACAAGCCCAAGACAAGAUGCUUCUAUAUUGAAAUCAUUCAAAGAAUAUUUAGAAGAUAUUUACAAUAAAUUCACUAAAGAGCAAAACGCUAACUCAAAAUAUCUAACUCAACUUGAAAGAGUUGCUAACUUGCAAAAUGAAUUAAACCAAUUAAGAAUCAAAGAGCAAGAACAAAGGAACCAAAUAAUUGAAGAGUACGAAGAGAAAUUAAGAACGAUUAGACAAGAAAAAGAAGCAAUAAACAAAAAAUAUAACGAGUUGUUAGAAAAGAGCAGCCAAGACCAAAGAUCCACAAUAGAGAGCACUUCAGCACCUGAUGUGGAAAAAUUCAGUAAAAUUAACAAUGAAAGAGAAAUUGAAAUUAAAAGGCUGAUGGAAGAGAAACUAGAACUUUCUAGUGAAUUAGCUAAAAGAGAGCAACAGCUAUCAGAUCAGCAGGAGGUUGUAGAGGCACAUAAGAAAACUUUGGAACAGAUUCAAGCUGAAAUUGAUGACAAAGAUAAUUUAAUAAAUAAGCUGAAGAUUGAAAAUGUGGAAGAAAAAGACGAUAAUGAUAUUUUGAUUAAUUUGAUGGGGUUGACGCUGGAAAUACAGCAAAGAAGAAGACAUGUCCAGACGAUACACUUAGGAAGAAUUCAAAAUCAAGAUAAUAGAAUUAAAGUGGCAAAGAUACUUAAGAAGUAUGGAGUUCCUUAUGAGUAA